CUUUAUUGCUUCUCCUAGUUAUGUCCACCGACCGGGUUUAAAUAAAGAGCUGGAUUAUUUGAAUAAGAGUUAAGCUCCCCAUGGAGCUCCCUAAUUAUAGCCGGCAGCUCAUGCAGCAGCUCCAUACCCUGCGUAAGGAGGGCCAGUUCUGCGACUGCACCAUCCUGGUGGGCGAUGACCCUCACAGGGCACACAAGCUCGUGCUGGCCGCCUCCAGCCUGCUCUUCAAGUCCGUGCUGGAGGGGUCAGAGAGCAUAUCCAUCGACCCUGCCGUGGUCACCUCCCAGGAGUUCUCCAACCUGCUCGAGAUGGUCUACACGGGCAAACUGCCCCCGGGCGAGCACAACCUCACCCGCGUCAUCGCCGCCGCCGACAGUCUGCAGAUGUUUGACGUGGCCGUCAGCUGCAAGAGCAUCCUCACCAGCCUGACGAAGCGGUCGCCCCCGCCCCCGGUCAAAGGAUCGCAGCAUGCCAGCUCUGGCAGCCAGCCUACCUUGCCAAGCCCUGAUAAGGUCCCACCGAAAUCUGAUCUGCAUGGAGCUCAGGGGGAGGCAAAGGUGGCCGAGCAAGGGGCCCAGGAGGUCACCAAUGGCUCUUCAGAGGACACCACCAACGCGGCCGUCGACGGCCCCGAGGGACCGUCUCGCAAAAAAGCUCGCCUGGAGUCUCCGCAGGUUGCAGAUGCAGCGAGUGAAGGCUUGGAGUUCCUGUCCAGGUGCAGAGGUAGGAUCGCUGGGGCAAUAUGUGAUGUCCAGCCCUGGGUGAAAGCAGUGGAGACCUGGGAGGCCAUUUCCAGUGAGGAGAGACUGGUCAUUUUAGACUGCUGCAAAGGAGAGCCAGGAGGAUCCAGCGUGUUCCACAAGCUCUUAGAAAGAGCCGUGGAGCGCAAGUCUCUCUCAUCGCAAACUCUCCUUUUGCUGCUGGAUCUCUUCAAGGAGGGCAACCCAGAUCUGGCCACGGUGCUGCAGGAGUGCACGCCCCGAGGGGAGAGGGGCAGCGCUGGACCGAAUGACCAAGCUGCUGGGAAGAAACCCACAUCUGGUGGGCUGCUGGACCAUGCUGCAGAACUGACUGACAUCCUCUCUGACGUCAGCUCCAUCAUGGAGAGCCUGAUUGGUGCCGCGGAAACCUGCCUGGCGGAGGAGGAGAGGAGGGUUGUGUUGGAGUGCUGCAACGGCAAGGGCCCCAGGGAGGCGGUGGAGGGCCUGUUAUCGAGGGCAAGGGAGGAGGGGCCCCUGAACGAGGGGGGCCUCCUGAAGCUUCUCCAGGCGCUCAGUCCUGGGGUUCCUGGCCUGCAACAGCUGCUGGACGGGAUCCUGGUCCACAGUGGUUCCGCCCAGGAACCAGGAGGCGAAAAUCGGGAUGAAGAUGACGCAGCCAGUCUGUUGGGAAGGUACCGCUGCAGACUGGUAGAGUCACUCUUGGAUCCCCAGGCCCUCCUGCGCAGCCUAGAGGCGGUGAGCGGUAUUGCAGCAGAGGAGAGAGAGUGUAUCCAGACACUGCUGAAGCAGGGCAGUUGUGCUGAGUGUGUGGACAGGAUGUUGUCUCUCAACCCGGACGGAGGCUCCACCACAGCCCUGACAGUGUGGCGGCUUCUCUUCCGGGCCGGAGCACGGGACCCCUCACUGGCCUUGCUCCUGCAGGAGGUCAGGGGGGAGCCUGGAGCCCAGAGACUCAUCCACUCCGUUAUGGACACAGAGAGCCUGCACCUGGACUUCCUGUUGAAGCACAAAACAUUGAUCCUUCAGACAGUCGGUCACAUGGGUGUCCUGGAAGAAGUUGCAAAGGAAGUGGAGAACACACCAGAGGAGGUCACUGAGUUCGUCAGAAGCUGCCAGGAAGGACACAGCGGAGCAUCGGUGAAGGACGUCCUCGGGUGCGUCUUAGAGGAGCAGUCGCUCUCUGCUCAGGCAUUCUGCAGACUGCUCCUCCUGAGUCAGAGGACCCUCCCUCAGCUCCUGCCUCUCAAAGAAGACUUGGAGCAGGCAGGGAAAGGGGCUGAGCUGGAGGCUCAGACGCCCGGCGGCGCGGAGGAGGAGGCGAGCAAGGGGCGGAAGAAGGGCGCCAAGAAAGGCGCGGCCAAGCAGUGCUUCUGCCAGUGGUGCGGGAAGGCCUUCACCUUCAUGUGCCGGAUGGAGGGCCACCGGAAGCGCUGCCCCCUCUCGCAGGAGGUGACACACCGCUGCCCGCACUGCCCCACAGAGCUGCCCACCCCCCGCGCCCUCAAGCAGCACCUCUCCCAGGCCCACGAGGGCCAGGCCGGCAAGAGGAAGAAGCAGACGCAGGUGGCCUGCGACAUCUGUGGGAAGACCUUCGCCCACCCGUCAGGUAUGCUGUACCACAAGCGCACCGACCACUUUGACGAGAAGCCGUACGUGUGCAAGGAGUGCGGCGCGAAGUUCGCGGCCAACUCGUCCUUGAAGAACCACAUGCGGCUGCACACGGGGGAGCGGCCCUUCGUCUGCAAGCACUGUGACAUGGGCUUCAGCCAGGCCGCCGCCCUCUCCUACCACACCAAGAAGAAGCACUCCGAAGGCAAGAUGUACGCUUGCCAGUACUGCGAGGCCCUGUUCGCCCAGUCCAUUGAGCUGACACGUCACGUGCGCACACACACGGGGGACAAGCCCUACGUCUGCAGGGAGUGUGGGAAAGGGUUCAGCCAGGCCAACGGGCUGUCCGUCCACCUGCAAACCUUCCACAAUAUCAUGAACCCCCACGACUGCCAGAAGUGCCGCAUGAGUUUCCCCUCCCUGGAGGAGCACAGGAAGCACAUCCAGGAGUGCCACCCCAAGGAGUACCACCAGUGUGAGGUGUGCAGCAAGGUGUUCGGCACGGCUGCCCUGCUCCUGAAACACGUCGUCACCCACAAUGGCAAGAAGCCCUACAGCUGCAAGAUCUGCCACAAGGCCUACCAGCAACUCUCCGGACUGUGGUACCACAACCGCACCACCCACCCCGAGGUGUUUGCCGGCCAGGGCUCCCGCCUCCUGAAGUCUGUGUUCCAGUGCACCAGCUGCGACAAGGCCUUCUGCACCAGCGCCAGCCUGGCCAAGCACGAGAAGGCCGAGCACCCAGAGAAGAUUUAUGAGUGCGAGGAGUGCAAACAGACCUUCCCUGAUUUUGAUUCGGUGGUGGCCCACAGGAAAGACAGUCACUCAGACGCUCAGGUGUUCAAGUGCCUGUACUGCCCCUCCUCCUACGGCAGUGCCGCCGAGCUGCAGCAGCACCUGUGCGGCCAGCACUUCAGCGAGCAGGGCGAGGCCUUCGGCUGCACCCACUGCGACCUCAUCUUCCCCACGCAGCCCGAGGCGCAAGAGCACUUCCUGUCCCACCACCAGGAGGCGCUGGCCGAGGAGCCCCAGGUCUCCACCUCCCAGAUGGUGAUCCAGGCGGAGGAGCCCUCCGGUGGGGCCGAGCAGGUGAUCGCCCUGCACCAGUCCCAGCUGGGCGGGUCCCAGGUGUACGUGGCGCUGGCCGACUCGGAGAGCGCGCCGGCUGGCUCCGAGAUCGUGGCGGUCAACAUGGACGACCUCCUGGACGGCACCAUCACCUUCAUCUGCGGGGAGGGCCAGUGAGGCUGACCCCACGCCACUCUGCCCGUAGGACU